GGCUCACCCAGCCCACAGGGGAGAGUCCAUUUUCCUGGGUCCCUCCUUCUGAAAUUCCAUCUCCUUCUAGCCCUGGAGCAUGGGGGAUCCUCUGUCCACAGGGAGAGCUUGCUGGGCACCCCUGCCCCGCCUUCCCCGCUGUGCCGGAGACUCAGACCGUCCAGGGCCGCCCCCACCACCACCACCGUGGUCGCGGGUCCCUUCGGACUUCAGCUGGAACGUUCCAUCCCUCUGAGGGUGCCGGUGCCCUCGUCCUGGGCCGUGAGGCGGGGGUGGGGACUCGGCGGCACUUGGGUGUGAGCCCCCGGGACAGUGUGUCCUGACAGCCCCGACCCUCUGACCUGUACCCUGGGAGCUACCGGGACGCAACCGAGCCUGGAAGUGGCCCCCCAGCCCCCGGGCAGCCUGGCAGAGGCCGAGCCUGCGGAGCGGUGACGGAGCCCCUCCGGUAGGGGAGGGAGGAAGGAGGAGAAACAAAGGCGAGCGGGCCUGGCGCCGCCCACCAUGUGUCAGUCAGAGGCGCGGCGAGGACCGGAGCUCCGCGCCACGAAAUGGUGAGAUGCUGCCCGCAGCGUCCUAACCCCUCUGUGCCUCGCCACGACCUCCGGAAGGUCAGAGUUCACGUCCAGCGGCCCCGCCGUGGAGGUGGCGGCGGGGGGCCGCUGGAGGGGCCCGGACCCAGGGACCUGAGUCGGGGAGCCCGCUUCAGGUUGCACUUCCCCCAGCUGGCCCUGAGGCGGAGACUGGGGCAGUUGAGCUGCAUGUCCAGACCCGCCCUGAGACUGCGCUCCUGGCCCCUGACGGUGCUCUACUACCUCCUGCCCUUCGGCGCCCUCAGACCGCUCAGCCGGGUGGGAUGGAGGCCUGUGAGCAGGGUGGCUCUGUACAAGUCGGUGCCGACACGCCUGCUGUCGCGGGCCUGGGGCCGCCUGAACCAGGUGGAGCUGCCUCACUGGCUGCGCAGGCCUGUCUACAGCCUGUACAUCUGGACCUUCGGGGUGAACAUGAAGGAGGCGGCCGUGGAGGACCUGCACCACUACCGCAACCUCAGCGAGUUCUUCCGGCGCAAGCUGAAGCCGCAGGCCCGGCCUGUCUGUGGCCUGCACAGCGUGAUCAGUCCAUCAGAUGGGAAGAUCCUCAACUUUGGGCAGGUGAAGAACUGCGAGGUGGAGCAAGUGAAGGGGCUGACCUACUCGCUGGAGUCCUUCCUGGGCCCGCGCACCGCCCUGGAGGACCUGCCCUUCCCACCAGCUGCCCCCUGCGGCUCCUUCAGGAACCAGCUGGUCACCCGGGAAGGGAAUGAGCUCUACCACUGCGUCAUCUACCUGGCGCCUGGGGACUACCACUGCUUCCACUCCCCCACUGACUGGACUGUUGCCCACCGGCGCCACUUUCCAGGCUCCCUGAUGUCUGUGAACCCUGGCGUGGCCCGCUGGAUCAAAGAGCUCUUCUGCCACAACGAGCGGGUCGUCCUGACCGGGGACUGGAAACAUGGCUUCUUCUCACUGACGGCCGUGGGGGCCACCAAUGUGGGCUCCAUCCGCAUCUACUUUGACCGGGACCUGCACACAAACAGCCCACGGUACAGUAAGGGUUCCUACAAUGACUUCAGCUUCGUGACGCACGCCAAUAAGGAGGGCGUCCCCAUGCGCAAGGGCGAGCACCUGGGCGAGUUCAACCUGGGCUCUACCAUCGUGCUCAUCUUCGAGGCCCCCAAGGACUUCAACUUCAAGCUGAAAGCAGGACAGAAGAUCCGAUUUGGGGAGGCCCUGGGCUCCCUCUAGAGCCUACUUCCUGGCUACAGCUGCUGAGGGAUCAUUUCUACAGAAAUGGGAGGGACUAUUUGAGGGGAACCUCCACAGCUGUCCAGGGGAAGGGGGGACUGUCUCAGGGCUGUGGGGUCAGACCAGGCAGGACCUGGGUGACCUCUGUCCUUGCUGACCCAGAGAUGCAGACAAGGUCAGAGGUCCUGUCAUGCCCUCGACCUACCUCAUCCCCUCUUAAGAAAGUACAGGCCAGGAUGAGCUCAAAUUCCCUUUUGGAGAUUUUAAACCUGUUGAUAAACUGGAGGCCCUGCAUCUCCAGGCUGUCAGUUGGUCUUGAUUUCUGUUCUAAAACAAGUGGUUAUGCCUUCCUGCUGCUCCUCCAUCACUGUAUGGCCAACUCCCUGUCUCCCCUGCACAGGGUGAGGUGCCUCCUGGCACUGACUGGGCCCAUGCUGUCCCCUGAGCGGGCUGCACACACAGCCUUUAAUGCAACCGCUUUCUAUUCCCAAAUUUGCCCCAUCCUGCUUGUUGAGAAAAGCUGUCUUUCCUCUUUGCACUUGUGCCCGAAGGCAUCACCCUGGCUCUGCCCACACCUUCUGAGGCUGGCAUCUAAGGGUGUGGCGCUUCGCGGGCCCCCAGGAAUGACCUCUCAGAGCUGGCGAGGCCUCUUCCAGGAAGUGAGUCCAGUUCCCGAGCCCAGGUGGACGGUGUCAGGAGUGUGGCCGGCAGAUCGUGGGGCCCCGCUGGUGCCAGGGGCAGCCUCCGGUCCCCUCCCUGAUUGCAAACUAUAUAAGAUAAGGGAAUGUUGCUGCUAUUGAUCCAAGGACUUGUGUUGGAGGCAGAAGAGCCUUGGUGUGUUGAGGCGGGGGGUGGGCCAUUGCCUAGAAAACUUCCCCCCCUGGCAACAGGUACAUAGUCGGUGGGGAGACACUGAUGGGGACAGGGCCAGGUUUCAUAUUUCCUGGGGAUGCUGUGAAUUUCUCCUGCAGGAGAAGCCAUUUGAACUUUUUCAACUGUAUCAGUAGCACAGUAUUUUGUAUGAAAAGUGGGAGACUUCUGAACAGUAAUUCAUUUAAUUGCAACAUUUUGAAAUAAAACAAUAAAACUCA